UUGCUGCUCUUUCUCAUGUGUUUUUGGGCGUUGGCCACGCCUUUCACGGUGAUAAUGUCUGAUUCAGACCCGCCCAACGCCCUGGUAGAUGGGCCGCAGACCGGGUUCUCCAUCAACAAAGACGGGGCUCGAACCGAUGCCCGUGAGCAAGAAGCCGUCUACGACAUCAUGCGCGCCACAGGCAAUGAUUGGGCUACGGACAUCCCAGACGUGUGUCGAGGUCGUUGGCAUGGAAUCGAGUGCAUGCCGGACAAGGACGAUGUCUUCCAUGUCGUUUCACUCUCAUUUGGGGCCCUGUCCGACGACACCGCCUUCCCGACCUGCGACCCAACCCGGUCUCACAUUUCAGAAUCCAUCACGAGGCUCCCUUACCUCCGGACCCUUUUUUUCUACCGUUGUUUUAGUUACAACCCGCAACCGAUCCCGUCAUUUCUCGGCCGAUUGGGUCCCACUCUCCAAACCCUGGUGCUUAGAGAUAAUGGACAUGUGGGUCCCAUACCUGUUGAGCUGGGAAAUCUCACCCGUUUAAAGGUUCUCGACCUCCACAAAAACAAUCUCAACAGUUCAAUUCCGGUCUCACUAAACCGUAUCACCGGUCUAAGGUCGUUAGACUUGAGCAGCAACUCUCUAACCGGUUCAAUACCCAAUUUCAGCUUCCCUAUCUUGAGCAUCCUUGACAUGAGCCAAAAUCUUCUAGCCAGUUCAAUCCCCUCUUCAAUCGGAUCAUGCCUUGCUCUCCUCAAGAUGGAUUUGAGCCACAACCGGCUCACCGGAUUGUUACCCGACUCCAUGGGCGGCCUAAAAGACCUCAUGCUCAUGGAUUUGAGCUACAAUCGCCUCAAGGGUCCUCUCCCGAUGUGGUUUGGAACCCUGGUGUCUCUUCAAACUCUAAACCUCAAAGGAAACCCUAUGGGACCAACGCAAAUUCCAAGUGAAGGGUUUGAAGGUAUGAAGGGGUUAAUGAUUCUAAUCUUAUCAAAUAUGAAUCUACAUGGUCCUAUACCUCCAUCGUUAGGUAACUUGCCAAGCCUUCGUGUGCUUCAUCUUGACGGGAACCACCUGAAUGGUUCAAUCCCAAAUAGCUUCCGAGAGCUUAAGAGCGUCGCUGAGUUGAGAUUAAACGACAAUGGACUAGUUGGGUCAAUUCCAUUUGGGAGAGAAAUGGUUUGGAGGAUGAGAAGGAAGCUUAGGCUUUACAACAAUUCAGGGCUUUGUUAUAAUGCUAAUAGUGGCUUUGAAGACAAUUUGGAUUCUUCUUCCAGUUCUGGGAUUGGUCCAUGCGAACCACCGAGACCGAGGCCAUGAAGAUUGAAGAAUAGAAGCCAUUCAAAUCUCUGGUACAGUUUACAAGUUUCUUUGUUGAGCUACUGCAACAUAAACUAAGGCACAAGAGUUUCCUUUUUGGCUUGAAAUAAUGGGCAUGUACAUUGUACAGUGUAAUAUAUACUUGGUCAUCCCAAAUAAUGAAAAUAUCCUUCAACUGCAAAGCUGUAUGAUGAUCAUGUUGAUACAAGUAGAACAGUUUUCUUGAUACAAGUCAUAGAACACUAGUAGAUCA